UUAAUAUUUAGGAGUCAAAAAGUGGAGGGUAUCAGUCUAAUCACUGAGCUGUCUGCCACCAACCCAAAGGAUGUCGCUGAGCAUAUGCAUGAGGUGGUGGUGGCAAUUCUGAACGAGUGCAAGAAUCUGCGAUCGAGCGUCUGCCGAGUUGCUCUCGUCUGCGCCGGGACGCUUACACAAAACAUGAAAGGAAAGAUGGACCAAGAGUUGGACAAGCUGUGCAUGAUUCUCAUCAACAAAGCUGGCGAUGUCUCAAAUGCGUUCAUUCGUGAAGACGCCAGUGAAGCACUGGACAAAGUAGUGAAGAAUGCUUCAGCCGGAAAGGCACUUCAGGCCAUCAUCGCUGCUGGAUCGAGGUCCAAGAACAACACUAUCCGUACAUCAUGUGCCAGUUUCGUUGGCACACUAGUGUCACGUCUGGGAGUCAGCACGGUACUCUCAUCUCCGGAACAGUUAACGAAACUGAUCCCACAACUUAUUGCCUUCAGUCGAGAUCCAAAUCCUCAUGUUCGAAUGCAUGGACGACAAACAUUGCGUAGUCUCAGUGAGGUAAGUCCUCAAAAGUCCUUGCUAUCGUUAUACUCUGUGCUUCAGGGCGGUCUGGACUCACUGGACAGCACCUGCACAUCGAUAUCCAGCGGGUUGUCGAGAAGUGGUAGUAUUCGUAAAACAGUGCAGCGAAAACUUUCCGAUAAUAUGCAGCUGGACUUGGAUGAAACCAGAGCUGAUUUGAUAGCAGCCAGCUGGGGACGUCGUCUGGGAGGUUUAAAGCGUUUCGAGGAAAUGUGUAGUUCAUCGACCAAAGCCGUCGCCAGUGACACCAAGCUGAUCGAAGCGUUCAUCGGUCGUUUGAACGACAUCAACAGCAAAGUAUCACUUGAAGGUCUAGACACCUAUCUGGUCACUCUUCCAGCACUGAGCAAGUUCUAUUCGACCGAAUCACAUCUAAAAGCGGUUCUUAAUCAGUUGGUGUUGGCGUUGAUGUCCCACUUGUCGAGUAAAAGCGACGAUCAUCGAACCACAGCUCAGAAGUGCCUUAUCGAGACCAUUAAACGGAUCGAUCCAGCCUGUCUUUCCUCAGCCAUUGCAGCAGCAACACGUAAGGCGAACAUCAAACAGAAGCCGUUCAUGCUGGCCGUCUUUAAUCGUUUGAACGCAAAUUUGUAUCCACUGAAACCGAAGCAGGUGGAGGUGAUAGCACUGCCAAUUUUGUGGGAGUGCUUGAGGGCGGGUGUAGCUGGAAGCGAAAUGAGAAAGGCCGUCAGUGGAUUCGCUAAAGGACUUGUGGAACUGGUGAACAUCGAGUUUUCGUUAUCUGUUUUAAAACAUUCGUCGAUGGAGGUCGAUCCAUCAAAACGAAGGCUACUCGAGUCUCUGAUACAGUAG